AUGCUGAUGGUACAGAGCAACGCGCAACCCAUGAAGACAAAUAAAAUUAAGGGUCCGCCACCUGUACCGCCGCGGCCCAGCCAGAGUAUGGUCGCCGAAGCGCUAGCGAAGACGAGAAAAGCCGUCGCCGAUUCCAAGACCAACUUGACCAAGACUCGUAACUUUACCAAAAACGAGAGUCACCAGGUUUCAUCGAAAGCGAAAACUCUAGAUAGAUAUAGCUCGUCGAGUAAGCCUGCGGUGUCUCCGCGCCAAACUGGUCUCGCACGCGUCAAGUCUUUUAUCAAAGACGUGAUAAGCGAUCGAAGCUCCUCUUCUGACGAAAAGAAGUCCAGCGGGCAGAAUUCCAGAAGGAGCUCGAGCGAUAGUAGCUCUGUUAAUUCGCCAUCUUCUACUAAGAAGUCGAACGAAUCGUUAAACUCUAGAGCUGUUAAAACUUGCAAACAAAUUUUAGUUCGAUCGCUCUCUACGUCCAACAAAUUAGAUCAGGAUGCGAAGUGUAGAGUAUCUAAAUCUUCUAGUUUCGCGGAAAAGACUUUUCCCUUGCGCAAGGCUCCGCCGCCACCUUUGUCACCUAAACCUAAGAUUAAACCAAUGAGGCCGUUACCUGUACACAAUUCGAAUGUAAGUGGAAAAACGUCUAAAGUGGAACCGGAAAUAAGUCCAUACUCGUUGCCUCUCGAUGCCGAAACCGCUCGGAGUCCGGUUUCUGAGGCGCCUUACGCUACGGUCGACGAAGUGAGCCAAAAUGUAAAUAUUGUAGAAAGCAAACCUAAAAUGGAUAACGAAAACGUUACAAUAGAGAAUAAUUUAAAGGGAGAUGUAAAUAUAAAUAAUAAUUCACUCGAGAGGAAAACGUCGCGAGUCACAGAGAUGCUAAUUUCCGAAAUCCUCGCCAGUAGAAAUAACAAUAACGAGAAAGAAUCGCAUACGGUAAUCGACAAAGGCAAGGAUUCGGUCUGCGGCGAUACAUCGGCCGAUCUAGAUAUAAUGAAAGACAUGAACAAUCACGAAAUGUUAAUUUAUGAACUACAAACGAUGCGCUCCCAAUCGAACGUGCCCGAAGUGUUAGACAAUAAUGACAUUGACAGAAAUGGAAAUUGUGAUUCGGAUUCUGAACAAAAUUACGCGGUGGCGUCCGUCACGAGUGAAAAUACGGACGACGGACACGAUCAAGCGUACGCCUAUAUUGUAGACGAUGAUCUCAAGUCUAGACUACGAAAACAGUUCCGAGCAAUCAGCACCAUGUCACUUCAAGGUCUACCGCCUCUACCAAAAAGCUUAAGCGGCUUCGCCGACGGUGAGCCUGCCGCAGAACCACCGCCAUCGAAUGAUGAUCAUCCGCCGUCUGAUCUCGACGGCCAGCUCAUAUACCUUAAGAAGGAAAUGGACAGCCUUCGUCAGUUGGAUCUCUCGCUGCUCUCCGAGCUCUGGUCUCUCAGUGAGGCGAUGGCUUCGUGGCGACGACAGCUAGAACGCGGUUCCAGACUCCGACCGGCCCCACCACCACCACCGCCGCCCCAUUACCUUAGAACUUAA